AUGUGCCAUGUGCAGGAUGGUGGUGACUCUGGACCAUUGUUUAAAGUCAAAAGGAGUCCAUGCUCUGCACUUCAUAUUCCAAAUCCAUUGCAAGUCCUCUAUCAAGCAAAACAUGGCCACUCUAAUGGCCAAAAUGAGAGAAGUGAUGUUUUGGCCUCUCAGUCUAUGGAUUAUGAGGAUUUAAGUAUUAUGUCAAUGCUUGCAGAACCUCCGGCGCCCUUGGAAAAUGAUAUUUUGUCCUGUCUUGUUCAUAGUUCUGAUGAUUAUUUGGACAUGCAAGGAUCACAUGACAUGCUGACUGAGAAAAGUCCUAGUAAAAGAAACCAGAGUUUAUUGUCUGAUUGUUCACCUUUUGGGCAUGAUGCUGACAUCUUUUCUGUUGAAGAGUCCUCUUCUUCUUUGGCUUGGAGAGUGAUGUCCAGAAAGAUCCUGAAAUUAUUCCGUGAAAUAUAUACCCAGACGGGUGUUGUUAAGUUCUUCUGCAAGCACACCUUAGACAAGUCAGAAUCAUUUUGCUGUGAUGUUACAAAUGAAGGAGCUGCUGAGAAGUAUGCUCCUUUAGCUCGGUUUUAUGGUCUACCAACCAUAGUCAACAUUCCUUAUAUUAUUCAAGCUGAUAUGCAGCUUGAAGUUGUGGCUCAAGAAUUGCUGAAGUGGCUAGAUCAAGACAGAUUUGGCCUUGAUGCUGAAUUUGUCCAGGAAAUCAUAGAACAAAAGCAGGAUGUUAGAGACAGUUUUGGCUAUGUCCCUUUGAAUCAGAGGAUUUCAUUCUCUUCAUUUAUUACUGUUGGAAAUAGUCUACUUGAGGGUAGAGCUGUAGAAGUUGAAAGUGAAGAUGGCAGAUGCCCAUCACACGGUUUAAGAAGUUCUAAUAAAGUGAACACUAUGACUGAGGAGCACUUGUCAGACACCCGCUCUCUUCCUCCCGGGAUACCUUUUAGCACCAAGAUGCCUUCCUUGCUUCUAGGUGACACAAUUCAGGUGUUGCAGUUCUUUUGGCGUUUCCAUGAAGUGUUAGAUCUAAAAAAACUGCUUACAUUUGAAGAUAUUGAGGAAGAACUUAUGAAUCCACGGUGUCAUGGAGUGGAUCUUCUUGAGAAGGUUGGUGGGGAAAUCCAUGAAAAGCCAUUUGUAAUCCCAAACAAUACUGAUGGUGCCAAAAUGCACAUUUCAAGUUACAAAUCUGGUCCAGAAGUAGAUUUAGAAAAUCUGCAUGCAUUUGUCCAAAUGGAAAGAAAAUCUAUGGAGGAAGCUUCUCCAAUGAAACUGGAGUUUAUUAAUUCUAGCAAAUGCUCUGGCUCUGCCUUGACUAAGGCUAUUAUCUCUACGUUGCAUGUUUUACUAAGUGAACUUCAGACAAAAGUUGCAGUAGUUGGUAACCUGAACUUUGAUAUUGGUGAUUCUAGAAAACGUGGGAGAAAGAAGGAUUUCGACUAUGUGUCUAUUGCCAAAAGAAACACACUAUCUAUGCUUCCUUAUAAUGAACUGACAUGGCCAGAAUUGGCUCGGAGAUAUGCUUUAGCUCUCUUAUCAAUGAAUGGUUACUUCGAAUCAACAGAAAUUACCACUCAUGAUAAUAGUGCACAAGUUAUUCGCUGCUUACAGGGUGAUGGUGGUGCAUUAUGUGGCUCUUUGACUGGUGUAGCAGGAAUAGAAGUAGAUGCAUCGUUGCUAGCAGAGGCUAAAAAGAGAAUUUUUGGCUCAUUGGAUGGAGAUGAGAGGGAUAAUCUAGCUGUAGAUGAUGAAGACUCCGACAGGAAAAGCUUGGAUGAGUCUGUCACGGUAAGUGAAAGUAUUCCAGAUUGGAUUCAAGUCCUUGAGCCUGUCAGAAAGCUCCCCACAAAUGUAGGUGCAAGAAUAAAGAAGUGCAUCUAUAAUGCACUGGAGAGAAGUCCACCAGAAUGGGCUAGGAAGAUCUUAGAGCACUCCAUCAGCAAGGAAGUGUACAAGGGCAAUGCCUCUGGGCCUACAAAGAGAGCUGUUCUGUCUGUUCUAGCUCAAGCACAAGAUGAAAAUGUUCCACACAAGCCUGUUAAUGAAAAAAAGAAAAAGAAGUUCAUAUCAAUCUCCAGCAUACUUAUGAAGCAGUGUAGACUUGUUCUCCGUCACGCAAUAGCUGCUGAUCACAGAAAGGUUUUCUGCAAUUUGCUCGGCAAGAGGACAAUGAACUUCAACAGUGAUGGUGGUAUUAUAGGGACUCCAGGCAUGGCUCCUCGUCCUCUUGAUUUUAGAACAAUUGAUCAGAGAUUGGCAGUCAAUGCCUAUGGUGGAGUACACAAGGCUUUCUAUGAGGAUGCAUGUGAGGUAUGGAGCAAUGUGUUUAUUGCUUUUAAACAUCAACCAGAUUUGCUUCAGUUAGCAGAGAGCUUAGCAAAUAAUUUUAAAUCUUUGUAUGACAAGAAAAUAAUGGUUGCAACUCUAUCCCAGAAGUUGGUAAAAUGUCGCAAAUUAAAUUCUGUGGAUGCUAGUUUACAGAAGGAGAUAGAGAAUAUUCUCACUUGCAGCGAAAUUCCAAAAGCCCCAUGGGAAGAUGGCGUUUGUAAAGUAUGUGGUAUUGACAAUGAUGAUAAGAGUGUUCUAUUGUGUGAUGCUUGUGAUGCAGAGUAUCAUACUUACUGCUUGAAUCCCCCGCUUGCUCGGAUUCCUAGUGGAAAUUGGUAUUGCCCUUCAUGUGUUACAAAUAAGCAAAUGGUUUCAGAUGCAUACACUGAAACAGCAGUUGUCUGCCCACAGAAGAAAAAAGAUCACAGCAAAUUAACCCUUGCCUACAUAGAAGCGGUGGCACAUCUGGCAACUGUACUGGAAAUAAAGGAGUAUUGGGAGUUUAGUGUUGCUGAGAGAACUAACCUGCUUAAGUUCCUUUGUGAUGAGCUUUUGAACUCAGCCCUCCUUCAUGGGCACCUAGAACAAUCUGCGGAAGACUCUGUUGAGUUGCAACAGAAAUGGCGUUCUCUUUUGAAGGAAUUGAAAGUGUUGAAGUUAAGAGAAAAUUUUCUAGCUAGAAAAGCUGAUGAUGGCUCUCUUACAGUUGGUGAGCAUGAUGUUGAAGUGCAAGAAUCUAAUGAGACGGUUACAGGUAAUGAAAAAUGUAGUGGAUAUCUGCACACUACUAGCCAUAGUGGAAACCAUAUCAGCGUUUCGAAUGAUGAUGUGCCUUCAUCUGGGGAUGGUCAGAAAUGUGUUGAUCCAAAUGCAUUCUUCAAACAUUUGCCAGCUGAUUGCUUAGAGAAUAGUGAUUCGGUUGACUGCCAAUCUUUUGAACCUAUGGAUGCUGAUGAUGCAGAAGGUGUUUCUCCAAUCGCUGGUGAUGUUCAGCUAACUGAGAGUUCUUUUGUUAAUACUACUUCCUCCUUUGGCCAAAAUAUGGAUUUGCUUUCAUGUGAAGAAACAAAAGGCCUGAAAGGAGAGGCCACCUAUGAAGAUAACUUUGAAAAGCACACUGGACGAAAUAUGAAUAUUCGUAAUUCUGAGGGCGUAGAUGGACAUCAUGCUUCAGUAGACAAGGCUGCCACCGAUCUUAAUGCUCAUUUGUUCACCACAAGCACGGGCACUGCGCAAGCUUUUAAUCUCAGUCUCAAGUCUGUGAGAGGUGAGAUUUUACUCAUGCAAAACUCCAUUACCAGUUUACAGAAACAAUUGCAGAAAGUGUCUUUGCGCAGUGAGUUUCUAGGCUUUGAUUCUGCUGGAAGAUUGUAUUGGGUUGUAUCAAUGUCAGAUGAUAAACCUUGCGUAAUUGUAAAUGAGAAUGUGGAACUGCAUCAGGGAGAGAAAAUAACUAGUGGUUCAAAUGCUUCUUCACCUCCUUUCUGGUGCAAGGCUUAUGACGGCAACUCAGUUCAGUCUUCUUGGAUUUCUUAUGGAUCUGACUCUGAAAUUGAAUUGGUUUUAGAGUUUCUGAAAGACGAUGAUCCACUGGAAACACAAUUGAAACAGUCCAUUUUGCAUUGGCAGAAACAAAGAUAUAAUCUUCCUCAAUUGUCUGAGUUAAGUUUGCCCCAUGAAGUCUUAGAUGCUAAUCUUGCAACUAGAGCUACCAGCCUAUUGGAGGCGAAGUGCGGUUCUUCCAUUGAGGCAGAAGCCACAGAAUUCUUCAAGAAGCAGGAAAAAGGAGGCAUUGCAUUUGUAAGAGAUGGAAUAAUCUACAGAUGCAAAUGCUUAGAACCGAUCUUCUCAUUUGAACGCCAUUACAAGUAUUGCCAGCAAACCUUGUCUGCUCCUCGGGAGCUUCGCUUUCACGGGCAGGAUACGUGCAAACGGCGUGAGAAGCCGGUUGAGGUUGAUAAUAUUUCCAAACAGAAAGGUAUGGCUAAACCAACAUCUAAGGAUGAAUACAAAUGUGAAGUUGGGAGUGUUGAUCAAACUGAUGGAUUAGAGUGCCCAUUUAAUCUGGAAGAUAUCUGCUCCAAGUUUGUAAUUAAAGAGACCAUGAAGGAAGAGGCAGAAAAGAUAGGUCUUCUAGGCUCCUCCAAUGGACUUCCAACUUUUGUUCCAUCCCUUCCUCCUUAUCUAACUGAUCCUGCUUCAAUGCUAUUACAAGUUCAAGACAAUACUUCCUCCCUUGAUCACAAUGCAGCAGAUACACUCACCUCUUCUUCAAAGCAAGCACCGAAGCCUACUGUGCACGAUGCUUCUCAAAAUCUCCCAACAACAAAUGCUUUGGAAGAGCGUGACACAUUGAAACAUGAUAACUGCUUGGAACAUCCUCUCGUGUCACAGUCUGCUUUAAAGCCUCUGGUAGGCGAAGCUUCUUGUAUCUUGAGGCGGCUGAAAAUUAAUUUACUGGACAUGGAUGCUGCACUUCCUGAACAAGCUCUGAGGCCAUCCAUGUCACAGAUAGAAAGGAGAUUGGCCUGGCGUGCAUUCCUUAAAUCUGCUGAGACAAUAUAUCAGAUGGUUCAGGCACUGAUUGUGUUUGAAGAAAUGCUGAAAUCGGAUUACCUAAGCAAUACAUGGGGGUACUGGUCAUCAAUCUCAGGAGCUGCCAAGAUCUGUACCUUAUCUUCUCUUGCUCUGCGUAUCUACUCCUUGGAUGCAGCCAUCAAAUAUGAAGAAGAGGUGGCUAUAGAAAAGACUAAAGUAGGCAGGAAAGUAAGCAAGAAAGCUUCUUCCAGUUUUGCUCAAUGAAGAAGAAGAAGAAGGUGAUCAGAAUGCUUGCUUUCUUCAAGCUUAGAUUUUGUCUCCUCCACAGAAACAUACUUUUUCUUUCUGUUCACUCCUGCACCAGCUUCAUACUUCUUUUCCUCCCUUUUCUGGAAGGACUGAUAAGAAUGCUAACAGGAUAAUACAUACUCUUAAGACAGAAA